UCUCCCAGCAUGCUCCGCUCUGACCUGCUCACUGAGGUUGUUUAGAUCCAAUGGCCCCAGAUCUGAGGGGGAACCUGGAGCCUGAGACCCCCGGGGGCCACAACCAUAACCACUACGAUUGACCGCAUUGCAUCUUGCCUUGCUCCAUUAUGAGAGAUUCUCGUUGCAGCUGAUACUCUACUGACAGAAGGUUCAGUAAAAUGGCAGACAGUUUGAAAAGCUUCCUACAGGACCUCACGCGGGGCAUCAAAGAUUCCAUUUGGGGAAUCUGCAUGAUCUCGAAGCUCGAUGCUCGGAUCCAGCAGAAAAGGGAGGAGCAGAGAAAGCGACGCGCUAGCAGUGCUCUCGCACAGCGGAGGGCUCAGACUGAGGAAAAGAAGACGGACAAUGAACCUCGUAUCAUGACCAGAAUCUUUCACUGUUGUGCGUGGAAUGGUGGCGUUUUCUGGCUUAGUCUCUUCUUGUUUUAUCGGAUGAUCAUCCCUCUUCUCCAAACCUUUACAGCCUGGAUAAUUGGAGACCCUUCCUUACACGGGGAUGUGUGGUCAUGGCUGGAGUUUAUCCUGAUGUCUGUGUUCAGUGCUCUCUGGGUUCUUCCGCUCUUUGUGCUUAGUAAAGUGGUUAAUGCCAUCUGGUUUCAGGAUAUCGCAGAUUUGGCCUUUGAAUUUUCCGGAAGGAAAGCCCAGGCAUUUCCCAGUGUCAGUAAAAUCAUUGCAGACAUGCUGUUUAACCUUCUACUGCAAGCGCUCUUUCUAAUCCAGGGGAUGUUUGUCAGUCUGUUCCCUAUUGAUAUUAUCGGACAGCUGAUCAGUCUGCUUCACAUGUCCCUCCUCUAUUCCCUCUACUGUUUUGAGUAUCGAUGGUUCAAUAAAGGAAUUGAAAUGCAUCAGCGUUUAUCAAACAUUGAACGGAACUGGCCCUAUUAUUUUGGAUUUGGGUUACCCCUGGCUUCCCUUACUGCCAUGCAGUCAUCCUAUAUCAUCAGUGGCUGCUUAUUCUCUAUUCUUUUCCCGCUGUUUAUUAUCAGUGCUAAUGAAGCAAAGACUCCUGGGAAAGCCUAUCCUUUCCAGCUGCGCCUUUUCUCCUUGGUGGUCUUUCUCAGCAACGGACUCUUUCACAAGACGGUUUACCUUCAAUCCACGCUAACUGGCUCCACCGGCCCCGAGAAGCAGCCAAGCCCAAAAUCUUCACCUGCCAAACAGAGGGGCACUUUGGGGCACUGAGUCACAGCCAAAGCAGUCUUUCCCUCACUCCACGUGCCGUGCUUUUACUAUCAUCAUGUAAUGGCGUCAGCUGUUUGUUAGACUUUAUUUUACCCGAAUCAUGCACUUUGGAAGAGGAGAGGCUGGAUCUGGCUCCAGCAGACCUAAACCAGAUUCUCCACCAUGUAUUGGGCAUAGUGACUGCCAUGUGGGUUCCCUCCCCUCUGCUCUUUCCGUAACGGUAUCUUAAUUCCAUCCCAUGAUUACCCCAAUAAAGCAGGUCCAAUACAUGUUUAAAGGAACACUCAAAUGAAAAUAACUAAAAAAAAAUUAUAUUUAACCCUUAUAGCGUUUCAGCAAGGGGACGGGGGUGUUCCUUUAACCAGAAACUACUCUAAAUGGCACACUGUGUAAAGAUUGCAAGGUAAAGGGAAGAGUGAGAAUUACUAUGAUCAGCAUCUGCCCAAUUACAUUACUACCGUUUCUUAAUCUGGAAUUCUCCAUUUUAAUUAAAAAUAAUAAUUAAAUGAAAUGAUGAUUGGAGAAUUUACAGCAAACUGAAGCAUCGGCUACUCCUUGUAAGCAGCAUUCUCUAGCCUGUUUGCAGUCAUCUUGGUAAAUCGUGGUUUUAAUAUGAUGGGGAUGUUACUGAUUGUUCAUGAUUGUGUAAGAUUUGGGGUAUAGGUAAUUUAUUUCUCCUGACUCCUCAAAUUCUACUUUAAUUCCAGUUUGCUCACAUCGUUUUAGGUUAUUUUUUUUUAAACCCAUUUGGCUACAGGGAGUGAAGGCAAAAUAUUACAUACCAAGCUACAGUGCUCAGGAAUAGAUGGGGUUAAUUACUGUUUUUAAAAUGUAUGUUGGUUGUGUGUGUAUGUAAAAAUGAGUUUGUGACAAAAAAAAUGUUUUAAUCUGAAAAA